UUCUGGGCAGGGCCUGUUGGCGGUGUCCGCGACCGGCCCGGGGUACGGGAGGGAAUGCUUGAAUGAUCUUCACUCGCCCCCCGUCCCCAUCCGGACUUCUCGUCUUCUGUCAGAUGCCGUCGACCGGAGAUGUCCGUCCUGGACGCGGGCGCCUUUUUCCGGCCCCACACCCCGGCCCAUGGCCCGGAGUCGGGGGCACCCAUCGCCUUCCCUCUCUCCCCCCCCCCCUUGCUCCUCUCCCAUCCCUCGCGCCCCCUCCUCCGUGCCUCACUCUCACUUCCAGGCAACCGGCAAUCGGCCCGUGACAAGCAAGAUAUGGUGCUCGUCGACGCCUUUCGUCGCUACUUUGGCGACAUGAUCAAGGAGCCCGGCUUGAAGACCUUGAUCCUGGACGAGGAGACCUCGGCCAUGACCUCCCUGGUGUUCAGCCAGACGCAGCUGCUCCAGUCGGACAUUUUCCUGAAUGAGCGCCUGUCCGACUCUGGCCUGACCACCAUCAACAUCGGCAGCAACAACCCGGUGUCCAGCUCGUCGAUGGCCUCCUUCAAGUGCAUUGUCUUCAUCCGCCCGAGCACCAACUCCAUCUCCAACCUGUGCACCGAGCUGCGCAACCCGAAGUACGGCUCGUACUACCUGCACUUCUCCAACAUCGUUUCCCAGGAGGACAUCAAUCGCCUGGCCAACGCCGACAAGUAUGGCCUGGUGCAGAAAUUCUUCGAGGUCUUCGCGGACUUCUAUCCCCUGGAGCGGAACAUGUUCUCCAGCGAUGUCAAGAAGCUGUACAUCAACGACCCGGAGUCCUGGAAUGAGCUGGCCCUGCGCCGGUCGGCCGACUCCCUCUCCUCGGUCCUGCUGUCUCUGCGUCUGCGCUGCCAGAUUCGCUUCGAUGUCACCAGCCCCAUGGCCCGGUCCUUGGCCACGCUGAUGCGCGACCGCAUCCAGCAAGAGAAGGCCCUGUUCGACUUCAACUCGCCGGCCACUCAGCUCAUCAUCCUCGAUCGCCGGUCGGAUCCCAUUACUCCGCUGCUCCACCAGUGGACCUACCAGGCCAUGGUGCACGACCUGAUCGGGAUCAACAACAACAUUCUCAAGCUCAAUGACAACAAGUCCGAGGUGACCGAUUACGUGUUCAGCGAGAUCCAGGACCCCUUCCUGCGCGAGAUCAUGUUCACCAACUACGGCGACCUGGGUGAUGUCAUCAAGCAGCAUGUGGCCAAGCUCCAGGCCAAGACCGGCAACAAUGCCCGCCUGGACAACAUCCAGGACAUGAAGCGCUUCAUGGAGCAGUUCCCGGAGUUCCGUCGGCUGUCCGGCAAUGUGGGCAUGCAUGUGUCCGUCUCGACCACCAUCAGCAACAUGACCGACAACAAUAAGCUCCUCCAGGCGUCCGAGGUGGAGCAGCUCCUCGCCACCGAGGACGAGCAGAGCUCAUAUGUCAAGAUGGUUGCCGGCCUGAUUGAGAAGAUGAGCCACUCCAUCACUGGCAUGCGCCUGACCCUGCGCUCGGUCAUCAUCUACGGCCUGCGCUAUGGCAACUCGCCACAGAGCGCGGCCAACUACAACUCCCUCAUUCAGACCUGGUUCGACUUCGCCAUCCGUCUGGGUUACCCUGAUGUGGAUCGCGUCAAGCGGCUCCUUACCCGCAUCCACGAUAUCACCGGCAUCACUCGGAGACAGAAGGCCGGCAUCACGCCUGCCCACCUGGACAUCACCAACAGCAAGAAGCGCUUCACCGGUUUCGCCGGCGAGGACAACAUGUUCACCAGCCAUCAGCCGUACUUCCUCAAGGGCCUGGACAAGGUCCUGGAGGGAAGCCCCUUCAAUGAGUGGGCCUUCAUCGAUGGCACCCCGACGCAGCUCGCCCCCGCUCGCAACGUCAUUAUCUUCUUCAUUAAUGGCGCCACUUACGAGGAGUUCCACUUUGCGGCGCAAAUCAACAAGCGCGCCUCCAUGGCCAAGCCAGACAUCCCGGGCCAACACAACUACCGCCCGGGCAAUGUGACCAACCCGGCACCCGGUACCCGGGUCAUCCUCGGUGGCACGCAUAUCACCCGUGCCUCGGAUUUCAUGGACUACCUCCUGGAACAGGUUCGCCUUUGAAUGCGACUCACCGCGCAUCCAUGGGGGACCCCCUGAUGCACCUCCUCCUCCUUCUCUCGCUUCAAUCAAAUACACAGCGGUGUUCCUUCGAAGA